UAAAAGUCUUCCCUAGGCAGCGUCGCCAUGUUUUCUUCCCGCCGUAACACGAGAGAUAGUCACAGAAAUCUGGAGAGAAGGUUUGGUGUUGUCUCAAGUAUAUUACCCCAAUUAUACGAUAUUUUGUUUGUGUGCGUUGGUAUACAAACGAAUUCGGUUGUAGUGAGUGUAGAAGAAGCAGUCAUGCCACUUGUGAGGGCAGCCCGUCCUCUUCCUAAAGCGAGUUCUUUAAUCUCAAAUGGAUCAUUUGAGGUAUUAUCUCCUCGGGCGCAGUUUCGGAGAGGGUUGAAAUACAGCAAUCCUGCCUCUUCCCAGAACAGUGAGUUGGAAUUGCUACUAGCUGAUGAGGCACCUCAUGUUAAGGAUGUGGGCAGCGAGAGAGAUUUAACAGAUUUCCUGUCGGACAGUGGUAGUGAUUUUGAAGACACAUUGACUAAAGGCAAGAAGCGGACAGCUUGUAAAACCCCAAGGAGUACCCCUGCUUCAAAAAGGACAAAACAAGAUAUUGGUCAUACCCUUCAAAAAACUUCUGGAAAACAGAACAGUGCCAGGCAGACAGAUGGACUGAUGGAGACUUGCAGUUUGUUUGACGCAGUGAAAACUGCAAAAAGUGCAAUGCAGUGUGUGGUUGAUGACUGGUUGGACAGCUAUAAACAACAAAAGGAGACGGGACUCUUGGAACUUAUCAAUUUUUUCAUCAGAUCCUGCGGGUGCAAAGGUACUGUGUCAACUGAGAUGUUUCGGAUCAUGCAAAACACGGAGAUCAUACACAAGAUGACUGAAGAGUUUGAUGAGGAAUCUGGAGAUUAUCCACUUACCAUGAUUGGGUCUCAGUGGAAAAAGUUUAGAAUGAAUUUUUGUGAGUUCAUCUCUGUGUUGGUACGACAGUGCCAGUACAGUGUCAUUUAUGACGAAUUCCUGAUGGACGUCGUCAUCUCCUUGUUGACUGGCUUGUCAGACUCCCAGGUCCGUGCCUUCAGGCACACCAGCACUCUUGCAGCCGUGAAAAUGAUGAGUGCACUUGUUGAUGUUGCUUUAAAUGUUGGUAUUCACAAAGACAAUAAUCAGCGACAGUACGAGUCUGAAAGGAAUAAACCGCCCAGCAAAAGAGCCACUGAGAAGCUAGAAUCUUUGCUGCAAAAACAUAAGGAGUUGGAAGAAAAUCAAGAGAUCAUCCAGAGUAUGAUGAAUGCCAUUUUCAAGGGAGUCUUUGUUCACAGAUACCGUGAUUCAGUUCCUGAUAUCAGAUCCAUUUGUAUGGAAGAAAUUGGCAUGUGGAUGAUAAAAUAUAGUGAAUCCUUCUUGAGUGAUGGCUAUUUGAAGUAUGUUGGGUGGAUGCUGCAUGACAAGCAAGGGGAAGUGCGCCUGACAUGUCUGAAGACUUUACAAGCUGUAUAUAGCCAUAAAGAAUUGUCUCAGAAGAUGGAGUUGUUCACUAGCCGAUUUAAGGCAAGAUUGGUUGCAAUGACAUUAGAUAAGGAAUAUGACGUUGCAGUGGAAGCAGUUCGAGUUCUUACAUUGAUCCAGCAGAAUGUAGAAGAUGCUCUGACGAGUGAGGACUGUGAGAAUGUGUAUCCACUGGUAUAUGCUGCUCAUAGAGGUGUAGCCUCAGCCGCUGGAGAGUUUCUAUAUGAAAAGUUAUUCCACCAGUUUGACCUGUCAAAUCAGAAUACUGAUAAAGAGAGUGGUCGCCGAAGUCCCAACGGCCAUUUCUUCAAACUGAUUCUCUCUUUCUUCAUUGAGAGUGAGUUGCACGAACAUGCAGCAUACCUUGUUGACAGCCUAUGGGACUGUGCAGGACACCUGUUGAAGGACUGGGAAGGAAUGACAGAAUUACUGCUAGAAGAAGUGGCAGAUGAUGAUGAAGGGCUUACUGACAAAGAUGAAGCUGCACUGAUUGAAAUCAUGGUCUGCAGCAUGAAACAGGCUGUUGAAGUUCAUCCACCCAUUGGUCGAGCUGUAGGAAAGAAGGCAUUGACAGCAAAAGAGAGAAAGAUGAAGCAGGAUGACAAGAGCAGGCUAACUAAUCAUCUUAUUUUAGUUCUUCCACAACUUCUAGCAAAGUACUCUGCUGAUGCUGAAAAGGUAACAAGCCUGCUGCAGGCUCUUCACUACUUUGACUUGGAUGUCUACUGCACUGGACGUCUGGAGAAGUACUUGGAUCUCCUGCUGAAGCAGAUAUGCGACAUUGUGGAAAAGCACACUGAGUUAGACGUGCUGGACGCCUGCGCCAGGGCAUUCUACAUUUUGUGCAAUGAAGAGUACACUUUCUACAACCGUGCGAAUGUAGCCCGUAGUCAAUUAGUGGACUUGUUUGUGGAUAAGUUAUCACAGGAUGUGGAGGAAUUACUGCAGGGCUGGUGUCCCGAUGAAGCUGAAGUAUACAGUGUAGCUGCUACAAUGAAGAGGAUUGCUGCCUUUCACAACGUACAUGACCUAACCAAAUGGGAAUUGUUUGACCCUUUUUACCACCUUCUAAAGAAGGAGAUUGAGACUGGGGAUCUCCCUGAGCAGAUUAUGGUUCCAGCUUUAAAGUUUGUUCAUUUUGACAUGGUUUGGAAGUUAUCUCAAGUGUCUACCAGUACCCCAGCAAUGGAAAAAAUCCUAGAAUUGAAAAAACAGCUGAAGUUAUUCUGCGGUGUCUGUCAGAGUUGUCUGUCUGCUGUUCAUAUGAGUGUUCGGGAUCAGGCAUUCAUACUCCUGAGUGAUGUGUUGCUAAUAUUCAGCCAUCAAAUGGUGAACGGUGACUGCAGCUUCCUUGAGCCACUUGUUUUAAAACCUGAGCCUUCAUUGGAAUCUGAGUUAGCUAGCUUCAUCAUGGAUUAUGUCUUUGUGGACCUUGAGGAAGAGGAAGCAGAUGGAGCGAGUGAAGAUGAAGCUGCUAAAAUAGGGGCUUUGCACAAACGCAGGAGCUUCCUUGCAGGAUUUUGCAAACUGGUUAUUUACAAUGUCCUGGACCUGAAUGCCGCAACAGACAUUUUUAAAAAUUACAUGAAGUAUUACAAUGACUAUGGGGACAUCAUUAAAGAAACACUAAGCAAGGCCAGGCAGAUUGACAAGGUGCAGUGCGCAAAGACACUCGUUCUCAGUCUACAACAGCUGUUUACAGAAUUGAUUGUGGACAUGGAUCCCUUUGAAGCUCAGUCCACUCCUGCAUUCACCGACAUAAGAGAUUUGGCACGAAGGUUUGCCCUAACAUUUGGACUGGAUCCACUCAAGCAUAGAGAGCCCAUUGUAAUGUUGCACAAAGAUGGAAUAAAGUUUGCAUUCAAGAAACCACACCCUCGAGGACCUAGAUACCCACCACUAAACCUACCUUUUCUGGAGAUCCUCAGCGAAUUCUCAUUUAAGCUUCUGAAACAGGACAAAAGCAUUUUACUAAAUUAUUUGGAGAAAAUGCGUAGUUCCCAGCUUGCCUUCGAUCAAACAGAGUUGUGGGUUGCCUUUUCAACUUACCGUAAUUCCUUGAAAGGUACCCCUGAUGAAGAAACCAUGUCUUUGCUGAGCGGCAAAGCAUCAACUGUCCGUAGGAGGAAAGGACCCAUGUCAUCUGCUAAAAGAAGAAAACCAGAUGUAUCUAAUGCUGGCAGUGAUGUAACCUGGACAAGUGGUAAACUGAAGACUCCUCCCUUGACUUCCACACUUCUAAGAGAGCCUAGGAAACCACUGGUCCAAACAAGGAGACAGAAGAAGAAACAAGAAGAGUAUGAAGAUGAUCAACCAGACUCAAACAGAGGAUCUGAAUCUGACUUUAUACAGAGUCGGUCUUGGCUUGACACUCAGGCUGUGAAUGAACAGAAGCAUCUUUCAGAUACACCUACUAGCAGUGUGAAGCAACUCAUUAACAACAAAAUGGAGUUGCUGAGUCUGAUGGAGGAAGAGGAUGUGGAAGAGGAAAGAGAAAUAUUGAUCGAGGAUGCUGAAACCAGUGACGACUAUGAUGAAGACUAUUUGGGCAGUUAUUUGCCUACAAGCCGCAGAACCAUUCAUACUGAACAUCGUUGUGACCUGUUUGACAGUACAGUCUUGGACAUUGAUGAGUUCUGUCCAUCAGAAGGCGGAAACAGUACACAACAAGAGCACUGACAUGGCUGAAGUCUACACUUUGGUUUGUUAUGAAACACUUACCGCUGCCUUGGACAAAGACCAGCUAAAUUUGCAAAAGAUGGCACUGUAGCACUUAACUUUUUUUUAGCAAGCAUCUGCUAAAGUAAACUAUAGCACUGUUAAAGAAAAUGUCCUUUACUUUUAAGUUUAUCAUAAAAGUUUCCAUGAAGAAUUGUAUACUUUGGUUUAGAAAAGUUUUGGUAUGGUUUAUUGACUGUAGUGUUUUUCUGGUCACAAAUAAAUCUUUUUAAAUCAA